AGCCGUUUCCUUGCUGACUAGUGUUACAGCCUUUCUUCCCAAUCGUUCUCCCUUCCCGUAGGAUCUCUGCUGCUUCGAUUCAGAAAUCGUACGUCCUCUUAUAAUUCGAUCCAUUCGAGUUGAGUUAGGCAUUUGCGAAUUCGAUUCGAGAUGUUUGGGAGGGCGCCGAGGAAGAGCGACAACAGUAGGUACUAUGAGAUUCUUGGAGUGCCCAAAACAGCGUCGCCUGACGAUCUAAAGAAGGCGUACAAGAAGGCGGCGAUUAAGAAUCAUCCUGACAAGGGCGGUGAUCCUGAGAAGUUCAAGGAGCUUGCUCAUGCUUAUGAGGUUUUGAGUGAUCCCGGGAAACGUGAAAUCUACGACCAAUAUGGAGAGGAUGCACUCAAGGAAGGAAUGGGAGGUGGCGGGGGUAUGCAUGAUCCAUUUGACAUCUUUUCAUCUUUCUUCGGUGGGAGCCCAUUUGGUGGGGGUAGUAGUAGGGGACGAAGGCAAAGGCGUGGAGAGGAUGAUGUUCACCCACUCAAAGUCUCUCUCGAGGAUUUGUAUCUCGGGACCACGAAGAAGCUCUCUCUGUCACGCAAUGUGAUUUGCUCAAAGUGUAGCGGCAAGGGAUCAAAAUCUGGAGCUUCAAUGAAGUGCUCGGGCUGCCAAGGAAGUGGGAUGAAAGUCACGAUACGCCAGCUUGGCCCUGGUAUGAUUCAGCAAAUGCAGCAUCCCUGCAACGAAUGCAAAGGAACUGGAGAGACCAUCAACGAUAAAGACCGAUGCCCUCAAUGCAAAGGUGAGAAAGUUGUUCAGGAGAAAAAGGUGCUAGAAGUCCAUGUCGAGAAGGGCAUGCAAAACGGGCAGAAAAUUACAUUUCCUGGCGAAGCCGACGAGGCGCCCGAUACUGUGACUGGCGACAUCGUAUUCGUGCUUCAGCAGAAGGAGCAUCCGAAAUUCAAGAGGAAGGCGGAAGAUCUUUUCAUCAACCACAGGCUGUCGCUCACGGAGGCCCUGUGUGGCUUCCAGUUUAUAAUCACGCACUUAGACGGGAGGUUGCUUCUCGUCAAAUCACAGCCCGGAGAAGUAGUGAAGCCCGACUCGUACAAGGCGAUCAAUGACGAAGGAAUGCCGGUGUACCAGAGACCGUUCAUGAAGGGCAAACUGUACAUUCAUUUCAACGUGGAUUUCCCCGAUUCCCUAAGUCCGGAUCAAGUUGAGGCCCUGGGGAAUAUACUUCCGGCAAAGCCUCAGUCGCAGCUGACGGACAUGGAGCUGGAUGAAUGCGAGGAGACGACGCUGCACGAUGUGAACAUCGAGGAGGAGAUGAGGAGGAAGCAGUCGCAGUAUCAGGAGGAGGCCUACGACGAGGAUGAAGAUAUGCGCGGCGGAGGAGGAGGAGCUCAAAGGGUGCAGUGCGCGCAACAGUAGUAGUAGUAAGUAAAGAUCAAUAAUGUGUGUAGAGGCAAAGAUGAAAACACAGAUAAUCUACCCUUGAUGAUGAAUGAUGGUCAGAAAUAAAUCCUCUCAUCAAAGUCACCAAUUCAUUAUCAUCAGCCUACAAUCCAAUCAUCUCUCGGGAAUAUUUCAUGUCAUGCAAUCCUCAAUGGGAUGAACAGGACUUUGGUUUGGACUUGUUAACGUAAAGUUAUGGGUUUAAAUUUCAAUUAAAUUCCAAUGCUAUAUAUAGUUUACCUAAGUUCUUGUCGAAUUUAAUUUGUAGAUUAUUAAGUUCAAUCAAAAAUUUAUCCAGAAUCCACCUAAAGUUGUAGGUUCUAUGUUAUCAAAAAAAAAAAAAAAAAAAAACAAUACUAGUGUUGUUUAAAGAUAAUUGGAUUUUGAGGUUGAAAUUUUUAAUAAUAUUUUAAAUUUGAAUAGUUGUGUAACAUGUAAUCACGAUAACUUAGAAAAACCCUUUAAAGUGUUUAUCACAAAGUUUUUGCAUGGGAAUAUUUCCCAUAGGCUCACAGCUAGCUGUUUCACAUCCAACAUGCAUAGAAUAGAACCAAAUGAAAAAUAGCAUCAAAUUCCAUAAUAACAACGAGCAGUGAUCCAAAAUAAUUAUAUACACUGUAGACGAUAGAAUGCACUUAGGUGGACAAUGAUGAUAUUUCUCAUUCUCAUCGCCACAUGUAAGUUUUUUUUAACUUAACAAAGACUAUAGAUCAUCAAAUAACUUUCACUCGUGUUAAGAGGAAGUUAGUUAUUCAGAUCAAAAG